GCUUGCUUCUUGCUCUUUUCUCUUUUUCUUUACCAACAUUUAUCAAAUUAAUAAAGAUAGAUACCCUAAUGUCGAUCAUAUACACAACUACUAGGACUACAAGCUACUGAGCUAGUGAGCUCAUUCCAUAACUAGCUCAUCGAUCCCUUGUUUCAGUACCAAUAAAAUGGCGAACUUACCUCAUCCCGUCUCCGAGAACCCCAUUGAUUUCCGUGCCCCGCCACCUUCUCCUGUUGCCUCUGGCCGCCGAUCGUCUCUCACAAAUGACGAUGUCAUUACCGAAUUUCUCCAGCAUUCCCUCAAUGUCCCUGACCUCAUCUUACCGGACAAAUUCUUUCCAAAACAAAAGUCAGCUGAAAAUCCCCCCACAAUUGAUUUUGAAACAUUGUGUUCAGGUCAAUAUGACGAUGCUAGAGUUACCAAGAUUGCGGAGUCAAUAGCAAGAAACGGGUGCUUUCAGCUAGUGAACCAUGGAAUUUCAAGAGAUUUUGUUAGAUUAGUGCAGGCUGAGGCCUCCAGGAUUUUCCAGGUGCCACUGGAGAAGAGAGCAGACAUAACAAGGUCACUGGAGAGGCCAUAUGGGUUCGAGGAAGGUCACGGUGAGGAGGCUGACACAGAGUUGAGUGAAGAGUUCGUUUGGUGUAGACAGCAAGGUUUAAAGUUGGCAAUGGAGGGAAUUUGGCCAUUUGGGUAUUCAAAUUUCAGCAAGAAACUGGAGACCUUAAUGACAGAUAUUGAGAAGAUUUGUGACAGAAUUCUACGAAGCUUAUUGAUGAACACUGAACAUCCUUCUGUUUAUGGAAAUACUUUUGUUCAGGGAAAAGAACUUGAUACAGUUUGUUGUUUCUACAAGCACAAUCGGAAUGUUUUAGCAGAUGAGUGGGAUAGCUAUCUCAGACAUGAUGUGAUUAGGAUGCUGAUAAGAGGAACUGAUUACUCUCAUGCCUUGUGUUUGCAUCUAUGUGAUGGAUCCUCAGAAUUUCAUGUUUACUCAAAGAAAGGUUGGGUGUCUUUUCGGCCAGAUAAGGAUGCUCUUGUUGUUACCACAGGAGACCAAAUGCAGGCAUGGAGCGGAAGCCAGUACAAGCAUGUGAUAGGAAGGCCAAUCUUUAAGGCUGAGAAGGAGGAAUACAUUUCAAUGGGCUUUCUCUAUUCACCCCUAAACAUCAUGACACACUCCCAUGGCAACAAGGAAAAGAAAAUUUUACUCAGCGAACAGUUCAUGGUGGCAUUAUUACUAACUCUGAUCUACCAAUUUUCAGUAUACUUCUACAGAAAUAUGUGAUGUGUGUUAUUCUGAACAAAUUAUAAGGAUUAUUGUUUAUUCCUUCAAAUUCUACAAUGAUAUUAAAAUUUCAGUGCUCU